AUGGACCAAACACAUGCUCGAGCCCUGGAGGCUCUCCAACCCUUCAUCCACCUGGUCAAUUCUAGCAGCGCGACAUCUCCCCGCUUUAUCGCCAAUUUGAUCACAAAUGCCACCUCCAGCCCACACACCUAUUUCUUCGCUGAGCUGCUCGAGACCCCAGCUGUUCAGUCGCUACGGUCUCCCGAAACACCGGUUGAGUACCAGGGCUAUUUGAAGCUACUUGAGAUCUUCGCAUGGGGAACAUGGCAGGAAUACCAUGCAACCCCCAACCUGCCAACUUUGAGCUCUAAACAAAGCCUAAAACUCCGCCUUCUCUCCCUCAUCUCUCUCGCUGUGACUACAAAGCCACUCACCUACCCUCUCUUGAUCAACGCCCUCUCCCUUUCUUCCACUACCGAAUUGGAAUCUCUCGUAACGACUGCCAUCUAUGCCUCUCUCAUCUCUGCCCGCCUCUCCCCCGCUACUACCCCUCCACUUGUCAACGUCAUGGCUGUUGCACCCCUGCGCGACGUACAGAUCCAGUCUCUGCCUAAAAUUAUCUCAACCAUGGCAGAGUGGGAAGCCCGAUGUUCAGAGGCGGUGUCGGAUCUGGAAGCGGAAAUUGCUCGCGUUAAAACCCAUGCAUUGGACCGACGUGUCAAGGAGGAACAGCACCAAAGUUUGAUGGACAAGGCUAUAAAGAAGCGUCAGGAGCGUGCAGAGGAAAAGGGAGGCAUUGGAAGGGGGAAAGGUAUGUUUGGACGUCCAGGACGGCUUCCGUUUGGAGCGGGAAGCAAUAAGCGGGAUGCUGCCGAUAUCGAGCGAGAUGAUGGCUUCUGGGACUCUGCUGAUGGUGCGGACCCAGGAUCACGUAUGGAUAUUGACGAAGGCGCUGGCUCGUCAAGAGCUGGAUGGAAUCGGAAUUCCAAGCGCAUACUGGGCCGCAAGCCUUGA